GCGCAGGCGGCGGCGCUCGCUGCCCCACGUCCCGCUCCGCCCAGCGCGCACCGAGCCGGCUGCGCCCGGGGCCCCGCGGGGCGAGCGCCGGGAAUGCGGCGCCAGCCCAGGGGCCCCGGUAACUGGGAGAGCCGCGGGGGGCGGCACCCGGGAUCGGGCAGGGGAUCGGGGCCGGGGCCGGGUCCGGGUCCCUGUGCCUGGGGAAGGGCAGGGACGAGGGCUCCCCCCGUCCCAGGUGGCCCUGACUUUCCGGAGAGAGCGCGGGGAGGUGGUCACAGAGCUGUGAGGAAGGGGAGAUGCCAUGUGGCGACUGUCCAGGGGGAUGAUACAUUGGAGAGGAUGCAGGGAAGAGACCUGCAGAGUUUGAGGGCUGGAGAAAAUGCCCUUGAGUGACCAGCAUAAAGAGCUAGAUCCAUCUGGUUUACCAAAAAGCAGACUCAGUGUCUUAGCCAAUAAUCACAUGACUCCAGGAACUGGGAAUUCGAGGAAAACACCAGAUAGAGGUUGAAAACGUGAGAGCCUCAUCGCUUUCAUUUGUCCAUGAGAAAGUGAAGUGGGUGUGCGAUCAUGAUCUCUAAGUACCAACCUGGGGUCGAAAGCCUGAGUAGAGGGCUUUUCAACCCAGCAGGGGAAGUCAGAGAGGAUCCAGUGGCCAGAUGCUGAAGCUGGAAAAAUUCAGAUGAGAGAGAAGGUGGAAAUUUUUCACUGAGGGUGAGUAACCAUUGCAACAAUUUACCAAGGGCUGCGGUGCAUUCUCCAGCACAUGAAGCGUUUGCAUCAAGAUGGCUGCCUUUCUAAGGGAUCUGCUCUAGUCUGGACAUGGUGAAGGAAUCAGUGGGUGAUUCUCCGGCCUGUGCUGUGCAGGGUCAGAAUGGCCCUUUGGCCUUAAUAUCUGUUGGGCUAAGACAACAUGGGAAAUGGGGUGUUUGGUGGAAAAUACCUUGUUUUUAAAGAUCUUAGACCGUUUAAAAUGGAAGGGUCGUUAGACUAUUGUGGAAAAUCCAGUGUCAUCCUCUUUUGGGAGUAAGAAAUGGGAGGUUGAAGAUGUCCUUCACUUACUUUGUAGUUUUCCAGUUUCUUAGUGAUUGUAUAAAAUGGGAACAGAGACCUUUAGCUGACAUUAAGUGACAUUUUGUUCUGUGUGAAUUAGUCUUAGGAUGGGCUAGGUACCACCUCUGUGUUAAUAAAGUACUUUAUAAAAACGUAGAGCGCAGGCCAUAGAAUUAUUAUGUUAUAAUGGUUCAAAAAAGAAACUUUUACAAAGGUGACAAAAUAAACCACUUACUCACCUUAUAUGUUUUUUUGUCAUGUGCUGAAUCUACGGAGAACAAUUUUAUUCCUGCCAGGACACUGAAAUCCCAACAUAAAGCAGUAGGUCAAUGCCCAAGUUUUUUAUGAGGAUUUGUAUAUAUGGUUUUCGCUGCUUAGUUAUGACACCAUUUAGUAAAUGUUUCUAAGGAAUAAAAAGCUUUGCAAAAACCCCAUUGCUUUUCUUACCUAGUGUUUAUUUCUGCUGCUAAACAAAAGUAUCGUUUCCUUCCUUUUUCACGCUUUUUAGUUAGAACAUCGUAACGAUGGCUGCAUUGGGAUAGAUACAGAGAACUCUCUUAUGCUGGUCUCUAUCUUCUGUAGCAUACUAACUGGUCGAGACGGUAGACUUCAAAGAAUCUUUGUCCAAUCUGCUGUCAAGCACAUCCUCACAGCCGCUGACGUUCAGAUUGCUGCAGCUGGAGGAGGAGUUCCAUGGAUGGGUGAACUCUAGGAGUGCAUUUAUCUCGGGGGGAUUCUCUUCAGAGCAGUGUGGCUGAGUGGACAGAGCAAUGGACUGGGACUGUUGAGACCUGGGUUGUCUUCCUGGCUCUGCCCCUCCUGCUUGGGUUUGCCUGGGCAACUAAUUUUCCCCUUUUUGUGCCUCAGUUUCCCCAUUCAUUAAAUGGGAAUCAUGCUCUGAAGUGCUUUGAGAUCUACUGAUGAAUAGUACCAGGGAUUAAAGUGCAGGGCUCCCGUCAGCUCCCAAUGGCCCAGAAUAUUCAAAGCCCUCCUCCUCUGUUGUGGAUGAUUCAGUUUUUCUCUAAAGUCAGACAUUCAGCAGCCGUUCUCCGUUUCCGCUGCUGACACCAUUUGCUGGCACAACUUGCUGCUGCCCUACCAUGAGCCAUGCCAAUGCUGGGAAGGGCAGAAGUUGGGGUUUGUGUCUCUGCGAAAUGCAGCAACAUCUGCCUUCCUGGGUCCCUUCGCUAGGCUGUGUGCCGGGGGCGGGAUGUCAUUUAAGCUACUGACACAAUUUACUUGUGGCACUACAUAAUGCUAAUGGGAUGACUCUUCUCCUUCGUGUACCUGGGACGGGGGCAAUAUGUUCUGGUGGUCGGGGGGGGCCACACGACAGCCAGUUCCCAGUAGCUCAGCCCCUUCUGUGUAUUACUGUAGCGUGGAAGGACCCCAGUCGUGGUAGGUGCUGCACAGAGAACGACAGCACUGCCCCUGCCCCCAGAAGCUCACAGUCCAAGUGCAAGGCACAGGCCAAGAGAUGGAUACUGAGCGAUGUGGGAGGACAAGGAGGUCAGCAGGAUGUGCACUAGGCUCAGCUCACCAGGGGCCUGUCUGGUUUUUUGUAGGGCUCACAGCCGAGGAGAGUUCUGUGGAGGGAUGUGAAGGUAGCUAACGAGGCUGCUGAAGGCUCCAGUUCCUGCAGGACUUGUGGUUGCACCCCUGCUGCUCUUCUGAUGCCCUGCGAACCUGACAGCACCUCAGCUGUAUCUUCCCGACAUCCUCUGGGGCACAGGGUGAUGCAGAGAAAUUGGUGUGGCCUGGUGGCCAGCGCAAAGGCUGGCCCUUAGGCUCUAUUCCCAGCUGUGGUGCAGGGCCUCUGCGAAUCCCCGGGGGAUCUGAGUAAUAAUAGGCUGUUGGGGGAGACUCCAGAGCUUUAGGAGUGAAUCCAGAGUGGCUCCUGGGGCAGCAGGGACCAUCUGGUCUGUGUCUGUGCAGUGCCUGGCAUGGGCGGCCGCUGGUCUGCCAGGGCUGCAGAGCCACGUCCCGGUUCACUCAUGGCUGCGGCAGAGCCCGCUCGGGGAAGGGACUCUCAGCAAGCUGCAGAAGGAUGCUCUGUCCCCCUGCCGGACCCGGCGUCCUGGGUGGAAGGGGAGAAUGUGUGGGUGCUGGAGCUGCAGCCCUACAGCGAUCCCAGUGCAGGUGAUGAAGCGGUAAAGCUGGAGCCGCAGGGGCCUUUCCUGAGAAGCGCUGUGAGGGCUGGAAAGCAGGAGAUGCCGAAGCCAGGCAUAGCAGGGAUGCUGGAGCCGGAGGGACCAUUCCUGAGAAGCGCUGUGAGGGCUGGAAAGCAGGACAUGCUGAAGCCAGGCGUAGGAGGGAUGCUGGAGCCGGAGGGGCGCUUCCUGAGAAGCACAGUGAGGACUGUAAAGCAGGAGGUGCAGGAGCCAGGCGUAGCAGGGGUGCUGGAGCCAGAGGGGCCAUUCUUGAGAAGCACAGUGAGGGCUGUAAAGCAGGAGACAUUGGAGCCAGAGGGGCCAUUCCUGAGAAGCGCUGUGAGGGCUACAAAGCAGGAGAUGCCGGAGCCAGGCAUAACAGGGAUGUCGGAGUCGGAGAGGCCCUUCUUGAGAAGUGCUGUGAAGGCUGUAAAGCAAGAGAUGCUGGAGCCAGGCAUAGCAGGGAUGUCGGAGUUGGAGAGGCCCUUCUUGAGAAGUGCUGUGAGGGCUGUAAAGCAGGAGAUGCUGGAGCCAGGCAUAGCAGGGAUGCUGGAGCCAGAGGGGCCGUUCCAGAGAAGUGCUGGAGAGAACAUUCCCUGGAUCCCGGAGCAGGGCAGAGCUGGCGGAAGCCAGCACCGGGCAGUGAGGAGGAACCCUCCACGGAGGAGGCAGGGUAAGAACAGCCGCUAUGACCCCCCGCCGGGGAGGCAAGGGGGCAGCCCCCUGCGGGACAUCACUGUGCCCCAGAGCGCAGCUGCAGGGGGGCCACCCCACACGUGUGCCACCUGCGGAAAGAGUUUCAGCCGCCGCUCCAAGCUGAGCUCCCACCAGAGGAACCACACUGGAGACAAACCCCACAGCUGUGGGGACUGUGGGAAGGGCUUCCUGUGGCGCUCGGACCUGCUCCGGCACCAGCUCAUGCACACGGGGGAGCGUCCCCACCACUGCCCCCAGUGUGGCCGCGGCUUCAGCCGGGCCUCACGGCUCCUGCAGCAUCAGAGAGUCCACACGGAAGCCAGCCAUGGAAUGGAGGGCAGCCCGGUGCCGAGUGCGCUGCAGGGAGUCCACGGGGAGCCUGGCCACGGAGUGGGGCAGAGCCCGGGGCUGAGUGAGGGGCUGGGAGUCCACACGGAGCCUGGCCACGGAGUGGGGCGGAGCCCGGGGUUGAGUGAGGGGCUGGGAGUCCACACGGAGCCUGGCCACGGAGUGGGGCGGAGCCCGGGGUUGAGUGAGGGGCUGGGAGUCCACACGGAGCCUGGCCACGGAGUGGGGCGGAGCCCAGGGUUGAGUGAGGGGCUGGGAGUCCACACGGAGCCUGGCCACGGAGUGGGGCGGAGCCCGGGGCUGAGUGAGGGCCGGGAAGUCCACGGGGAGCCUGGCCACGGAGUGGGGCAGAGCCCGGGGCUGAGUGAAGGGCUGGGAGUCCACACGGAGCCUGACCACAGCAUGGGGCGGAGCGCAGGGCUGAGCGAGGGCCGGGGAGUUCAUGUGGAGCCCAGCCAUGGAGUGGUACGGAGCCUGGGGCUGAGUGAGGGGCUGGGAGUCCAUGCGGAGCCUGGCCAUGGAGCAGAGAGGACCUGGGCUCUGACUACGCUGCAGAGAAGCCAUGUGGAGCCUGCCCAUGGAGGGGAGGGCAAUGUGGCACAGAGCCCAACCUUGUUUGCACUGCAGGGAGUCCAUGGAGAACCCUGCCAUGGAGCAGGGUGGAGCCCGGUGCUCACUACACUGCAGGGCAGCCACGUGGAGCCUGGCCACAGAGUGGGGCGGAGCCCGGGGCUGAGUGAGGGGCUGGGAGUCCACACAGAGCCUGGUCAUGGAGUGGGGCGGAACCUGGGGCUGAGUGAAGGCCUGGGAGUCCACACAGAGCCUGGCCAUGGAGUGGGGCGGAGCCCGGGGCUGAGUGAGGGGCUGGGAGUCCACAUGGAGCCCGGCAAUGGAGCAGAGAGGACCUGGGCUCUGACUACGCUGCAGGGAGUCCAUACAGAGCCCUGCCACGGGGCGGGGUGGAGCCCAAUGAUGACUACACUGCAAAGAAGCCAUGUGGAGCCUGCCCAUGGAGGGGAGGGCAAUGUGGCACAGAGCCCAACCUUGUUUGCACUGCAGGGAGUCCAUGGAGAGCCCUGCCCCGGAGCGGGGUGGAGCCCGGUGCUCACUACACUGCAGGGCGUCCACGCAGAGCCCGGCCAUGGAGCGAGGUGGAGCCCAGUGCUAACUACAUUGCAGGGAGUCCACGUGGAACCCUGCCACGGAGCAGGGUGGAGCCCGGUGCUCACUACGCUGCAGGGCGUCCACGCAGAGCCAGGCCAUGGACCGGGGUGGAGCCCGAUGCUCACUACACUGCAGGGUGUCCAUGCAGAGCCAGGCCACGGAGCAGGGUGGAGCCCGAUGCUCACUACACUGCAGGGCGUCCAUGCAGAGCCAGGCCACAGAGCAGGCUGGAGCCCUGUGCUCACUACGCUGCCGGGUGUCCACGGAGAGCCCUGCCAUGGACAAGAAUGGAGCCCAGCCCUGAGUGCAUUGCAGGGCAUCCACGGGGAGCCCAGCCACAGCCCAGAAGGGAACCCGCCGCUGAUUGCCUUGCAGAGGGUCCAUGCGGAGCCCUGGGACAGCGCAGAGGGUAAUGUGGCACAAUGCCCAACCUUGUUUGCACUGCAGAGAAUUCAGGCAGAGCCCUGCUACAGCACUGAGGGACCCACGGCCCAGAGGCUGGAGCUGAUUGUGCUGCAGAGAGUCCACGGGGAGUCCUGCCAUGGAGCAGAGGGGAGUUCAGGCCUGAUUGCCCGGCAGGGAGUCCAUGGGGAGCCCUGCCACGGCACCGAGCAGAGCCCGGCACUGAGUGCAGUGCAGACAGUCCACGGGCAGCCCUGCCACGGGACCGAGCAGAGCCCGGCACUGAAUGCAGUGCAGACACUCCACGGGCAGCCCUGCCACGGGACCGAGCAGAGCCCGGCACUGAAUGCAGUGCAGACACUCCACGGGCAGCCCUGCCACGGCACUGAGCAGAGCCCGGCACUGAGUGCAGUGCAGACAGUCCACGGGCAGCCCUGCCACGGCACCGAGCAGAGCCCGGCACUGAGUGCAGUGCAGACAGUCCACGGGCAGCCCUGCCAUGGGACCGAGCAGAGGCCGGCACUGAGUGCAGUGCAGACAGUCCACGGGCAGCCCUGCCACGGCACUGAGCAGAGCCCGGCACUGAGUGCAGUGCAGAUGGUCCAUGGGGAGCCCUGCCACGGAGCAGAGAGUCCCGUGGCCCAGAGCCUGGCACUGGCUGCACUGCAGUGUCUCCAGGCUGGAGAGGCUCAAUGUGUCAUUGCUGAGCGAGGGGGAGGCCUGGCCGAGACCCCCCCAUCCCCCGCAGCCUUGGUGCAGGAUAAUCCCUUCCAAUGUCCCGAAUGCCGAAAGUGCUUCGGCCGCAGCUCGUACCUGGUGAAGCACCGCCGGAUCCACGGGGCGGGGAAGCCCCACCAGUGCCCCCAGUGUGGCAAGUGCUUCAGCCAGCGCUCAUACCUCUGCAAGCACCGCCGCAUCCAUGCCGCCGCAGCCGGCAAACCCCACGAGUGUGCGCUGUGCGGCAAGCGCUUCAGCCUUCGGUCCUACCUCUGCAAACAUCGCCGCAUCCACACGAGAUAGACCCGGUCCCCGGGCCUGGGAGCCACAGCAGCCCUGCACGGGCCCUGCACGGCCCUGGAGCCAAGGGGACGCUGCCCCGGAGCCAUGGUACAAGCAGCCCAUGGAGCGUGCCGUCAGAGCCCACGGCAUGGGAGCACUACCGGCUGAGCUGGCAGGCACGCGGUGCGAGAGGGAGCGCUGGGUGAGGCUGGGUCCUUAUGGGAGUGGUUGGUGGGAACAUAGGGGAGAACUUUCUGUGCCAUGUUCUGUAACGUUUUUGGUCAAUAAAUGGUUUUGAAGAAGGGGAAAUGCUCCCUUGUAAA